GUUAUUCUUUUGGGGACAGCCAGGCCACUCCAGAUGGUGUGUUAGUGUUGGACAUAGCUUUGGAGAAACUUCAACAGACGAAGGCUGUAAUGUCAGGAUUUUGCUGUGCGUCGUCCCCCUUCCCCCCCUGCAGUUCCCAGGGUAGGAAGGUGCUGAGAUGGAAGCCGAGGGACGCCCGCCCACCUGCCACCACCUGUUCCUUCCUUCAGCCCUCUGCUAUAAAUUCUCCUCCUUCAAAGAUUCAUCCAGCACUCUCCGACAGCUACUGCGGAAAAAGCGCUCCUUCCCUAUCUGAGCUUCGGGAAAGAUUUCAUCUUCCUGAAAAGAAGUCUCAGGCUUCCCCAGAGGACUUGAAAGGCCCUCCCGUAACCAGCCACACCAAAUUCUGCUACGAGAAGCUUCCCUUCUCUUUUUCAACUUCACGUUGGGAAAAUGACUUUCUCUUCAGCAUCUCAAUUUCCCCUAAAUUUUGGCAAGUGAAGAGACAUCAUUUUGGUUAUCCAGUAGGACAGAAGGCGGAGUCCCGCACUGUCCACUGUACACUUUGAUUCCACGCGGGUUGCUUUGUGUAUGACUUAUUUGCUAAGAAGAGGCACGUUGGGGAGCCGCUCCACAGACCAGCCCACGGGCAGGUCCUAGCCGGCGAGCGAGCUCCGCGCCUCCCACCUUCAACGCCGGGGAUGAAGUCCUGCAAGCCCAGCAACCCGGCGGCGGCAGCGCGCGCCGCGGCCCCGUGCGCGGGCGGCUCCGAAUGCGCGGGCACGUGCCCCGGGGCCGGACGGCUGGAGAGCGCGGCGCGCAGGCGUCUAGCGGCCAACGCGCGCGAGCGCCGCCGCAUGCAGGGGCUCAACACGGCCUUCGACCGCCUGCGCAGGGUGGUCCCCCAGUGGGGCCAGGAUAAAAAGCUGUCCAAGUACGAGACUCUGCAGAUGGCGCUGAGCUACAUCAUGGCUCUGACUCGCAUCCUGGCCGAGGCCGAGCGAUUCGGCUCGGAGCGGGACUGGGUCAGUCUCCACUGUGAGCACUUCGGCCGAGACCACUAUCGUCCAUUCGCGGGCGCGAAGCUGCCAGCAGAGAGCGAGCCCUACGGCCAGAGGCUCUUCGGCUUCCAGCCCGAGCCCUUCCAGAUGGCCAGUUAGGGCGCGCGACCCCGCCGCGGUGAGAGGCCCAGCGGUCGCGCUCCCGAGCCGCAGCCCUCCUCCAAGAUACAACAGGGGCGUGUGGUGGCCUAGGAUCAUUCUUAGAGUAAAAUUAGCGAACUUUCAGGUUACUUUUACUCGCAGCACCAAGUCCUACGGACGAACGAUUUUAUUGCCUUUCUUUUUUCCUCCUUAUCAGUGUGUUGUAGAUGUCAUGGAUGGAUAUUGUGAUGGUUUGGGUUGCUGUGCAAAUAAUGCCCCCUCUCCCCUUUCUGGACUACUUUGAGGGAAAACAAUCUUAAGAAAAAAUAGGAUUAGGCUAUACUGCUGUUUUAGUCCUCAAAGAAAUAAUGACUUUCUUAAACUUUGUAAGUUUGUCCUGUUCGGGUGAAGUUACAGUAUCCAUUACUUGUGUUUACUUAAAACAGAGCUAUCUUCCUGUCGUGUAAUUGCAUUUAUGCUUAGUGCAUUGUUUGUGCAUGCAUGAGGUAGUGAGACUUUUUUUUUUGGUAGAGUACGUGGGCAUGAGUGCUCUGUGUUUUUAAAAACUGUGUAUACAUUAUUAAAAUACAGAUUUUGUAAAAUAUAAGUAAAAACGUCGGUUUGUUUUCCAUGGGAAGUGCCCUACUAGUUUCCUGAUGGCACUAAAGGCCUCUUUGCGGUGGGGACACUGAGUGCCCACCUGAGGAAAGAUGUGGAGUGUUUCUGUCUAAUCCCACUGGUUGGCAAAUGUGCUAGUUUGUAAUACUUGGUCCAAAAAGACAAGCUGAUGAAAGUCCGAGUAAUUAAUUUGAAAGUUUUCUCUAACAAUUUGGAAAUAUAAAUAUAUUUUUCAUGUUUUUUAAAAAAGAUUAAUUAAUUGAAAUAUUUAGUUUUUAAAUAAGUAGAUAUACAGUUCCUCAAUAUUUUAUUUUCCUUAUUAAGCCAAUUAGUAACUACUGAUUCCUUACAAAUAUAUAUAUUUGUUCCUCUGUAGGAAACAGACAUUGAGAGAAAUAAUAAAUGUUGCUUUUGGAAGUGAUUUCCUUUUAAUCGGUACAAGUUGAACAAUGAGAGGUUCACUACCAUCAAGGCCAAUCAAGAUGGGAGCAAAAUAAUACACAUGCUCUGAGAAGGUGCUGUAGUCCAGCAGACAGCGCAGCUCUAGAGUGACCAUGCUUGGACCCCUUUCUGGCCAUACUCCACUUUGCGGUGUCCACCUGGGCUGAUGGCAAGGCUCAGGGCAUCUGCCUUCCUCGCUCUUUGGGCACAAUAGUCUCCUGAUCUAGAAUUAAAAUGCUCAUUAAUAAUCCCAGUAAGCUUGUAGAGUUUGAGAGUGAAUAAAAUUAAUGCUAAAAAAAAUGUCUUGUGUUAAUCAGAGAAGGUCUCAAAGAUGUGUUGAUUAUUAGUCCUUUUUCAAGCAGGGCUCACAUCCUCCUCUCUGGAUGGUAGAUACCUUGUAAAAGAGAACUGUGGUUUUCAUUUUACCUCUAUGGCUUUUACUACAGAGGUUUAGACAGAAUAAACAGUCAAUAAAUAUUUCGUUUUUGGUUAUUAACAGCAGUUUCUUGAUGAAAUUGAACAAUUGAAUUAAAAUGAUGGGAUUCUAAUCUCACGCCUCUCCUUUCCCCUCCCCCACUCCUUCAAAAGAAUGGGAUUCUGUUAAAUAUGAUGCCUUUAGCUGCCUGUUUCUGUGUUUUGGAAAUCUCUGGAAGCACCUUAGCUCUUACCAAAUCCCUAUGCUUUCCACCCUACUCAAUGUACCAUUUUUUCCUAGAAGACAUUUGAAGGAAAUGUAAAUCAGUCGCAGUGACCAAAUCCAAUCUUUCAUAAACCUCCUCAAACUGUGUGUUGGGAAAUCCAUCACGGUUUAUGGAUUAGGAGCUUGCAUAAAGCAAGUGUAAAAGCUUUUUGAAGUUAAGAUUCAUUUUUUUUUUUUUUUUGAG